AUGAACCCAUUCACCGCAGGAGGCUGGGGUACCAGCUCGGGCAACCCGCCCUCAAUAUUCGGUGCCCUUCCCUCGGUACCCGUCAGCAGCUCAGCACCGCGGUCUAUUCAGGCGGACAGCGUCCAGUAUAAACUCACCAAUUUCAACACCACCGUGUUGAACUGCACCGUCGUCGGGCCCCAGAACCACGUCGUGUACCGUGUCGUGACCAACUCCGGCGCGCCGUCGUCGACGAUGUGGAAGGACAACGAGAGCCGCAACGUUGGGAUGGUCACUUGGCAGCCAAACGCCACUCUGGAAGUGCGCGGGGUAGCGUCUAGACAGCGCGUCCGUGACUGGCUUAGAUUGUCCUCAGACCAGAGCAAACGCAUCAUGCAAAUUGGCGGCGUCCAAUACGCCUGGUCCCCCAUCGAAGGAUUUAUUUGUCUCUACAAAUUGCAGUCGACUGCUCCGAGGGUCCUGGCACGCAUAGCUAGACUGCAGAGCUCCAUUCUUCUAGAUAUGACCCCCGAAGCUAUGCAGCUUGGUCUCCUAGAGCCCUGUGUCGUCGCAACGGUUAUCUUCACUUGCGGCCACAACAUAGACUGA